GAAUUAAAAACUGUACAAGGAGUAGUGACAAGAUUUUGCCAUGAUUAUGGGAUGAUAGAUGACUUGAUAAUCUUCACAAAUGAUGCUGUUGUGAACAGUGUAUUGUUGACUGUUGGACAGAAAGUUAUUGCUACUGUUGAAGAGGACAAGAUAUCAAGUGGCUUGAAGGCCAUUAGGGUAGAAGCAGUCCAGAACACAUGGGGAGACUCCAGUCCUACUUACGAUGCUUCUGAAAUGAAUACGAAGCUACUAAUUGGUAAUAUUACUUUUCUCUCUAAGGAUGGUGGCUAUAUUAAUCAGAAAACCUUUUUUGCAAUGGAAGAAGUUUGUGAAGGUUUUGAACCUUAUAAAGGUGACUGGGUGCAAGCUAAAUACUUUAUUAACCCAACAACAUGGAGCAGUGAAGCAGUUGCUGUAAAGCCUUUGAGAUAUAAGCGAGUGGACAAGGUUCGUAUUUCCAGCAUCUGUGGAAGAAGUGGUAUAAUAGAUGAGAGUAUAUUUUUCACUUUGGAUUCAGUGAGACUUCCUGAUGGUUAUUCACCUUGUGUACAUGAUCUAGUGAAUGCAAUUGUGGUGGAAAGUAAUCAGUCAUGUUAUAUUUGGAGAGCGCUCUGUUUGGCUCCAGUUGACCAGAACAGACUGUCUCACUCUAAUGGAGUGAAUCUGGAUGAGCCUUGUGAAGACUUAAUGAGAGAUAAAAGAGGGUUGGAGGUAUCAAGAAUGACUAAUUUUGGAACUCUGAAGCAGGGGGAAUCCAAAAGCAUGAUCAUUUGGAUCAAGAAUAAAGGGAAUGUACCACAGUCCUUAAUCAGCUGCAGAUUAGCUGGAUGGGUAAAAGACAAGCAAUUCCAUUUUCAAAUUCCUCAGAAAUGGCAGAACAAUUCAGGAGCAUAUCUAUCAUCUCCAAUAAAUCAAGAAAACAUCUCAAAAGCUGCAAUUAAUUCAUGUAGCAGAGAAACAACAUAUGAGUCAUUGAAUAAUGCAUCCAUUACAAAGAAUGGAGUCAUUCCAGAAGGAGUUAAUUCUCAGAAUCUGAAUUUAUCAAGGAAAAAAGAUGACUUUUCCUUGGUAGAAAAUGAACAUCUGCAUAAUGGAAUAAAUGAGCAAAAAGGUGUCUUGGAAGAACAAUCAAUAAAUGAGACUCAUACUACUAGAGAAAUUGUCAUACCACCAGGUGGGAAAACAUUCGUGGUGAUUGUAUGCACUGCCACAAAUCCUGGAUACAAUAAAGAACUUCUGUUGCUUGGUUUUUCUGAUUUUGUUAUUGGACGCUAUAUUGAAACCACUGUAACAAAUGAAGAAGAGUCAAUAAUAGCACCUGUGGAACCAUUUUCUCCAAGAAAGCCUAAAAUUAUUUCCAUACCUCAGCAAAGGAAGACCACAGUGGUUGCAACUAAAUGCAGAAGAAAUUGCAGAAGGCAGUUGCCAAGCUUUCUCCCGUAUUAUACCAUACCAGAUGGAUUAAGAAAAUGCGUGGAGCAGAAGUUAGACAUACUGACUUUUCAGCCUCUCCUUGCAGAGCAUCUUAAUCUAGAUAAUUAUAAAGCAUACUUUUCCACUCUCUUGUGGCUUGAAGAAAUCCAUGCAGAAAUGGAGAUAAAAGACUAUAACAUGAGUGGAAUUACUUUGAAAAGGAAUGGGAGCUCUUUGGUGUUGGAAGUGCCAGGAGUGGAAGAAGGCAAACCUUCCCUGAGUACAGGUGAUAAGGUGAUACUGAAAAGUCAGAUCUACUCUGAGCAUGUAAUAGAGUAUGUAGCCUAUAUUACUGAGAUUCAUAAUGAAGCUAUUACUCUUAAAUUUCAUCCAGACUUUGAACAGGCUUACAACUCAGAACCCAUGGAUGUGGAAUUUGUCCACUCUAGGAUCACCAGCAGGCGAUGCCAGUUGGCCGUUGAGCAAGCUAUCUAUCUGGGUGAAAAAGUGUUGUUUCCAGAAAGGCUCCUUUUACAACCACCACAAGUGGAAUGUUCUAUUGAUAAUGGCCUUGAACAAAGUUCCAAGCAGGAAAGUGGUGUUAGUAUCUGCAUAGAUAAGCAGCAAAGGGAAGCAAUCAGAAGACCAAAUGAGCCUUGCAGUCUUUCCAAGACAUUGUGGUUCUGGGCAAGUAGCAGACAGUUCCUGGAUGUCAGUGAAACGGUGACAAUUGAACAGAGAGCUGGCAACUUUUUUAAUCCUAUGCUGAAUGAGCACCAGAAGCUGGCAGUGAAAAGGAUCCUGACUGGUGAAUGUCGUCCAACUCCUUAUGUCCUCUUUGGACCACCAGGAACAGGAAAAACAUUAACAAUAAUUGAAGCUAUUUUACAGAUACAUUAUACUUUACCAGACAGUCGAAUUUUGGUCUGUGCACCAUCAAAUACAGCAACAGAUCUGAUUUGCUUGCGGCUACAUGAAAGCAAUCUGUUAAAACCAGGAACCAUGGUCCGAGUUAAUGCUAGCUGCAGGUCUACAGAGCAAAUUGAUGACAUAGUGAAGCCUUACUGCAAAGAUGGCGAUGAUAUUUGGAAAGCGUUAUGGUUCAGGAUAAUAAUCACUACAUGCAGCAGCGCAGGACUGUUUUAUCAAACAGGAAUACGGCUUGGACACUUCACACAUGUGAUUUUGGAUGAGGCAGGACAAGCAAGUGAACCGGAGAGCCUGAUUCCUCUUGGGUUGAUUUCAGAAGCUAAUGGACAGAUAGUUCUUGUUGGAGAUCCAAAGCAGUUAGGGCCAGUAAUAAAAUCUAAAGUUGCAGUGGCUUUUGGAUUGAACAUAUCCUUGCUGGAAAGACUGAUGUCACGAUCUAUGUACCUGAGAGAUGAGGAUGCUUUUAGUGCCUGUGGAUCGUACAAUCCUUUGCUGAUCACAAAACUUGUGAAGAACUACAGAUCACACUCUGCAUUGCUUACCUUACCAUCUAAAUUGUUUUAUCAUAAAGAGCUAGAAGUUUGUGCAGACACUUCAGUAGUAACUUCUUUGUUGCAUUGGGAAAAAUUGCCCAGGAAGGGGUUUCCAUUUAUUUUUCAUGGAAUACGGGGCAAUGAAACACGUGAAGGUCACAGUCCCUCCUGGUUUAAUCCAACUGAAGCAGUUCAAGUAAUGCGGUACUGUUGCCACCUUGCUAAAAAUGAAAACAGUGCAGUGCCAGUAACUGACAUUGGAGUGAUUACACCGUAUCGUAAGCAGGUGGAAAAAAUAAGAUUUCUUCUGAGAAGUAUUGAUUUGGAAGAUGUUAAAGUUGGCUCAGUUGAAGAGUUCCAAGGGCAAGAGUACUUGGUUAUCAUCUUAUCAACGGUACGAUCUAAUGAAGGCUCAUUUGGUGAUGAGAAGUACUGUUUGGGCUUUCUCUCCAACCCAAAACGAUUUAAUGUAGCAGUUACCAGAGCAAAAGCUUUGCUGAUCGUGGUAGGAAAUCCUCAUGUUCUUGUAAAAGAUCCCUGUUUUUGUGCACUGUUAGAGUACAGUUUAAAGAAUAGAGUUUAUAUAGGCUGUGACCUGCCUUCAGAGCUGGAGUGCCUGCAUCAGUGA